GGAUACGCGUCUCCAAGCGGAAGGGAAGCAGCGAUAUGGAGGCUGGCGGCAGUAGUGGCGGAGACGGGUGGAGCGAGGCGGUGGAAGACUUGGUUGAACGAGGAGAUAUUGAAGGAGCGAUCUCCGUUCUUGAGUCCGUCGUCUCGAGGCUGCAAUCUGAGGAACCCUCGUCUCCGUCCGGCGACCUCCGGCUCGCCACCGCUCUCGAGGAUCUCGCCGAAAUACACUCCUCCCGUGGAUUCUCCCUCAAGGCCGACGAGAUCCGGUCCCGCGCUCUGGCCGUUCGCACUCGCGGCUCCAUCGCGCCUUUGACUUCGAGACAAGAGGAGUCUGGGUCGGCGAGUGAGAAGGUUUCACUGCAAGAGGAAAUUAGGGUUUCGGCGUCUCGUGGCGAUCAGGAAGACGCGGGAGAUGAUUGGGAAGCAAUUGCAGACCGCGGCUACCCGGACGAAUCUUUUCUUUCUUCAAAUAAUAGGAGCGAUGGGAAAUCAAGCCCGCCAAAGGUUGAUGCUGAGGUACAUAUUACUCCAAAGCGGCGUGGAAGGGGGUCAUUCAUGUAUGAAAAGAGUUACUUGUACAGUGAACAGUUGGAUUCAGCGACAGCAACUGAUGACCGCUCUCAGUCAGAUGUUUCUCUGCUGAUUAAGGAUCGUGAGCAUCGUGUUGAAGAUGAUGCGUGCUUGGUUAGGAACUUUGGAUAUGGUACUGACCAUGUCCUUGUGCUAUACAACUUUCCACCUAGCACCCAGACAAUAGAAUUAGAGAAGUUGUUUGAGAAGUUUAAAGAUGAUGGUGUUGCUAUUCGAUGGGUCAACGAUACUGUUGCACUUGCAGUGUUCCGAACUCCAACACUUGCACGCGAUGCUCAUAGCAAGAUUCCUUUUCUGUUCAAAGUUCGUUUUCUGCAGGAGGAUGAUAGUCUCCGGGACCAGAUUUCCGCCAAAGAUUUGGAACCUCCAUAUCCAAGGCCUAAGACUUCUGCACGAACAGCCCAAAGGCUGAUUGCUCAAGGGAUGGGAAUAAAACCUUCCACAGAGUUUAGAUCCGACGACCUAAGAAAACAGGAGGAAGCAAGAAAAAAUCGCAUUGUUGCUCGAAAAUCUUUGCGCGAUGAUGCCUGGGGUUCGGAUGAUCCAUAGCAAGUCAUUCUGUCUACUUCAGUUGCUUGUUCUCGCAAUCUAAAGCUGUUCUUAGUUUGCAAUCUGACCUAGUGAUUUGUAAUGAACUGGUUAUUUGUUUUGCUUGGAUGUUGUGGUCUGGGCUUCUCACGGUUACUUGUUCAAAGAUGCCGGAAGAGAAUCGUUUGGUUUCUGAAGCUGGAAAUGCCGAGUGCAACAAUGUGACAGUUAGCCUUGAUAUGCUUGUAAAUUGUUUUUGAAAUUCUUUGUAAAAGGGAUUUAAAGUUCAGAUAAUUCUUUUUUUCAUCC